UUUCCUUAAAAGGAGAGUAGAAUAUUUAUAAUCGAACAAUUAACGAUAAUGAUAAACAGAUUAUUAUAUUAUAUAUCUGAUAAGGGACAACACUCGUUCACUUGGCACCGGGUCCUUGGAGGAAAUUCAACGCCACGUCACUAUUAUUAAUACAAAGUGAUUGUGCAAAGGAACUGAAUAAUGACGGACCAAAUUACAGUGAAUGUGGUGGAGAAUUCCGUUGAUAAUGCGCCCGCGCCGAUUCAGGUCGUGGAGAACAGCGGAGGAUCUUUGGCCCCGCCUCGAGAGCUGCACCGGCCGUACUCAGUGCAAGGCGACAUGGAGCACGCUCUGCAGCACCGCGAGCGGGUGGGCGUGCAGGACUUUGUGCUGCUUGAAGACUACCGCUCGGAAGCGGCCUUCAUUGAUAACCUGAAGAAGCGGUUCCAUGAAAAUAUAAUUUAUACAUACAUCGGCAACGUGUUGAUAUCUGUUAACCCGUACAAGAACCUUCCCAUCUAUACGGAAGAGAAGACUAAACUCUACUACAAGAAGGCGUUCUUCGAAGCCCCACCACAUGUCUUCGCUAUCGCCGACAACGCUUAUCGGUCUUUGGUUUACGAACACAGGGAGCAGUGCAUAUUGAUCUCAGGUGAAUCCGGAUCGGGGAAGACUGAGGCGUCCAAAAAGGUCUUAGAGUACAUCGCGGCUAGAACCAACCACCUCCACAAUGUGGAGACAGUCAAAGACAAACUAUUGCAGAGCAAUCCCUUACUGGAAGCAUUCGGAAACGCCAAAACUCACAAAAACGACAAUUCCAGUCGUUUUGGCAAGUACAUGGACAUACAGUUCAACUACGAGGGCGCUCCGGAAGGGGGUCAUAUUCUUAAUUACCUUCUAGAGAAGUCUAGAGUGGUCAGCCAGAUGUCUGGAGAGAGGAACUUCCAUAUCUUCUAUCAGUUGCUCGCUGGGGCGGACCCUGAGUUGCUUAAUCAGUUGAGGCUUCAGAAUAAGCCGGAGAACUAUAAAUAUACUACUGACACGAAUCCACAAAUCAGUCAGUUAAAGUAUGAUGCGGAACAAUUCCGGAUCGUCCAAGGAGCUAUGAAGAUUAUAGAGAUCGGCGCCGAGGAACAAAGAGCUAUCUUCGAGAUAGUGGCGUCGGUUCUUCACUUGGGGAAUGUCAAAUUUAACACGAGCGAGAAGGGGCACGCUGAGAUACUGCACCAUGACGCGCAUAGCAGCAGUGUUGCUGAGCUCCUCAAAGUGAACGCCACCAGGCUCCGCGAAGUUCUUACCAGCAGAACUAUAGACGCCAGGGGGGAUGUUGUUAGUACCCCCCUGGACUUGGAGCAGAGUCAGUACGCCAGAGAUGCCCUCGCUAAAGCCAUGUAUGAUAAGCACUUCAGUUGGCUGGUUUCCAGAUUGAACGCGUCUCUCGCGCCUAAAGACCAAGAUGCGAGAGCUUCAGUCAUCGGCAUUCUGGACAUCUAUGGAUUUGAAAUAUUCCCCAAGAACAGCUUCGAGCAAUUCUGCAUCAACUUCUGCAACGAGAAGCUGCAACAGCUGUUUAUCCAGCUGACCUUGAGGCAGGAACAGGAGGAGUACCUGCGGGAGGGCAUCGAGUGGGAGCCGGUGGAGUACUUCAACAACAUCAUCAUCUGCGACCUCAUCGAGGCUAGGCAUAAAGGUAUCAUCGCGAUCCUUGAUGAUGAGUGCCUAAGACCGGGAGACGCCACCGACGCGAGUUUCUUGGAGAGACUGUCUCAACAACUGGACGGCCACCCCCACUACAAGUCCCACCGUAAAGCUGACUCCAAGACCCAGAAACUGAUGGGGAGAGACGAAUUCUGCCUGAAACACUACGCCGGAGAAGUGACGUACAACGUGAACACUUUCCUGGAGAAGAACAACGACCUGCUGUUCCGGGACAUCCAGAGCCUCAUGGCCGGCAGCGGGAACAACAUAGUGGCCAGUUGUUUCAAGGACCUCAACUUAAGAAGCAAGAAGCGUCCAGAGACUGCCAUCACUCAAUUCAAGAACUCCCUGAACGACCUGAUCAAGAUCCUGAGCAGCAAGGAGCCUUCCUACAUCCGUUGCAUCAAACCCAACGAUUUUAAGGCACCCAUGCAAUUCGACGAGAAGCUGGUUUCUCACCAGGUCAAGUACCUCGGGCUGAUGGAGAACCUCAGGGUGAGGCGAGCUGGUUUCGCAUACAGACGUACUUAUGAAGCCUUCUUGGAGAGGUACAAAUGCCUGAGCUCGGACACGUGGCCCAACUACCGCGGCGCGCCGCGAGAUGGCGUCCAGGUGCUCGUCAACGCUCUCAAGUACGAGAGAGAAGAUUACAGGAUGGGCAACACGAAAAUCUUCAUUCGUUUCCCUAAAACUCUGUUCGAGACAGAAGACGCGUUCCAAACGAAGAAGAACGACAUCGCGACCAUCAUCCAGAGCCGAUGGAGAGGAUACUGGCAGAGGAAACAGUACCUUAAGAUGAGGGCCGCAGCUAUCAUAGUCCAGAAAUGGGUUCGAAGGUUCCUGGCGCAGAAGCUGAAAGAGAGGAGGAGAUGGGCGGCUGGAGUCAUCAGAUCUUUCAUCAAAGGUUUCAUCACCCGCAACGGGCCGGAGACGCCAGAAAACCGCCGGUUCCUGGGCAUCGCGAAGGUCCACUGGCUGAAGAGGCUGUCGAAGCAGCUCCCCACCAAGAUCCUGGACCUCUCGUGGCCCAUCUGUCCAGCUACCUGCCAAGAGGCAUCCAAGGAACUCCAACGCUUGCAUCGCGCGCAUCUAUCCCGGAAGUAUCGCCUGGCGCUGUCUCCGGAGAACAAGAAGCAGUUCGAGCUCAAAGUGCUGGCUGAGAGCAUCUUCAAGGGCAAGAAGAACAGUUACCCGAGCAGCAUCCGUGAACGGUUCGUGAGCGACCGCCUCACUCCUGAGCACCAGACCCUCAGGAACACCUUCAUGGCGUCGCCAUCAUGGCCGGCCGGGGAACAGCUCAUUUAUUCUUGCGAAGCCGUGAAAUACGACCGCCGCGGCUACAAGCCUCGCGAGCGCGCGCUUAUCGCUUCCGACAAAGCUCUCUACGUGCUAGACGCUUCCAGUCGCAAGACAUACAAGCUGAAGCACCGGCUUCCCUUGGAAAAGCUGAAGGUUGUGGUCACCAAUGAGUCGGAUAGCCUCAUCCUGGUCAAGAUACCGCAGGAACUGAAGAAAGACAAGGGUGACCUGAUCAUCUCCGUGUCUUACUUGGUGGAGGCACUGACUAUCGUCACGGACUACACCAAGAAACCUCAGCUCAUCGACAUCGUCGAUACUAGGACGAUCGCCCACAACAUGGUGAACGGCAAGCAGGCGGGCAGCAUCGAAGUCACCAACGGCCCGCAGCCCACCAUACACCGUGCCAAGAGCGGCAACCUGCUCGUGGUUGCUACUCCAUAAACGCAAUAUUGAGAAAAUACCAUUUGCGACCGACGAUAACGAAGCUACGUUUUGUAAAAUCAUUGUAUUAGAACUUUUCCAUUCUACCUACAUAUGUAAUUUAUUUGUAAUUUUUAAGCACAACGAGAUUGAAAAUUAUUGUGACACUUCAGAAUAUUGGCCAUAUUGAAAAUAAUAAUAGUAUUUUUUCUAGUUGUAAUAGAAAAUAUUCAAAUUGAUAAUUUUAAAAAUGAUUUUUAGUUUUAUAGGUACCCAAUGUUUAUUUCAUGUGUAUGAUUUUAUUUUUAUAACAUACUUUUAGUUUUAUAUUGUAAAGAUGUGAUAGUUUUACGUACAAAGUACUUAAUAUUUAUAUAUAUGCCAUAAAAAUCAUGAACGAAUUAUAAUAAAUAUCUUAUUAGUAACAUUGAUCAAGAAUUAAUUAACGUUUACCAUUUUUAUGCACUUGAUUUACGUUACAUAAAAGAUUAAUAUCGUAUCAUACAUAGUGCUUUAUGAUUUCCGUGCCAAAAAUCAAUAAAUAUUUAGGUAAAUGUUAAAAUUAACUACAUUACACUGGCUAUGUUCCCACAUGCACGGGCGUAUAAACAAAUCUUUCGGAAUCCUGGGAUAUAUGAAAAAGGUAAAGGGCUGUUCUUUACGAAAAAUUCCAAAUUUUGGGCAUCAUUCAUUCUGAGGUGGGCUAGCCCUCCCUUGCUACGCCCAGUACGAACUUGCCCGUGACAUCAGAUUAUUAUACGGACAGUCAACCAAGUAGUGGGGACGCUGCCUAACAACGUCUACCACUUGGUACGGAAUACAGAAUUAAAAAAUAACUUUCGUGUCAAGUAAACGAUAAUGUUAGCUGAAUCGAAGGUGCCUAUUGAUAGUAAUUUGUAGCUUAAGUAUGUCAUACUACACCUACAACAUAGUUAAUGCUAAGAUUUGAAGUAAAUUAACUUGACUUACAUACGAGAGUGAAAAGGAGACUUCAGAGGCGCGAUGCACUAUGCCUUAGAAGUUAGUCCAAUUAAUUUUUUACUAAGAAUCAAUAAGAGCCAACCCAUCUUCACAGGUUCGAAAGGAUCUUUAAACAUAGAUAUUUAAAAAAAAAAUAUUUUUGAAAUGAUUAGAAAUUCCUUCAACAAUAAGAAUCACCUUCAAUGUAUUAAAAAACCGAAGGUUUAAAAUAAACCUUAAGGAACCUAGGUUUAUGGCCAAAUUCUUAAAUACAGGCGAAUGUGUGCCUUAAUUUUAACGCCAGUUCCUUUGCAGUCAUUUUAUUAUUGAAUAAAUGUAUUUUGAUAUAU